AUGGGUUCAACAUCGCAAGUGACUGAAGCAGGUGAACACCGGCUGAAAUUCACUAUAGACCCUCCUCUUCCUACCUCUGAAGACUCCAUUUUCCAUUCAAGCCGAGUCAGUACACCUCAUUCCAACAUGUCAGACAGCGAUGAUAAUAACAGCAAUGAAUUAGCACUGCAAGGGUUUGAGCGAUUUCGAGAAAACAGCGUCAACUCGAUCGAGACACCAUCAUCACCUACCAUGCCCAACAGCCCACCUCCCAGCGACUCAAUUGCAGAGUAUUGUGCUGAAUCACUGUAUAGUUACAGUUUCACGCCACUUUCCCGAGUAAACAAAGCAGCAAAGAUCAAGCGACAAAUUUUGAGUCGAGGCAUGGAUUACAUGCAACGUAUACGGUGGAGAACGGGCGAAAGAGAUACAGGCAGACGAUUCUCUCAACCAGACAUUGGUGUCUUGGAUCAAACGCACGAUUGGGUCGAGGAUAACGAGGCAAAUGUACCAUUACAUUCCACCACGGGCGUAUCAGCGCAAACUGCACAGCUCAAGACAUGUCCAUCGCUCAAUGACAUUGCCUCCUCUAAUCACCAUGGUGACUACGCCUGCAAUCCCAUCUCGCCCAUGACACCCUCUGCUCCUCCCAACACAGUAUCCACCUCACGGCGCAACUCCAGCGCUGCUUCUGCCAGCAAUUCUUCUAGUAAUCUAUUAACAGCAUCUGGCAACAAUGUCCCUCAAGAUGCCAACCAAACAGACGAUGACGGCUUUCAUUUUGGAAGAAGACAGACCAUUGAAGUGUUCAACAAUUUGCCGCCCAUUUAUGAAGUGCCUAAACCCAGCACCUCCAUGACUACAACAUCAGCACAGUACAUAAGAGCGUUACACGCACCAUCUCGAUUCUUACCUCAAAAUCAGGCCAUUUUAACUACGGACAGCGACGCCACCAUCUUGCUGUUCAAUGAUAUGGCUAGUUUGUGCUUUGGCAUUGAUAAAUCGUACAUUGGUAAAUCCAUAUUGGAUGCGUUGGAGGAACCUUUCAAGAAGCAGGUGCGCAACAUCCUCAAGAGACGAAAGAGCUUGACGAGUAUUGCAAGCCAGCUACCCGCACCUAUGCGAGAAGGUCGACUGGAGAAGGGCCUUGUGCUAGUGUGCGGUAUUGUGGUGCCUAUACGCAAGAUGAACGGGGAGACGUCUUCUGCAGCGUCGCUCUGGCUCAAGGAAAAGCUGACGGAAGAAGGAAAGAGUAUUUAUAUCUGGAUCUUUGAAGAAAUCUAUGAGACUUCACUAUCGACUAAAUUAGAUGAGAAGGGUAACGUGCUAGAGAUCAUUGGUACGACAAAGGAUUUAUUCGGCUACGAGCCCUCUGAAGUGAUUGGUAAGCCCAUUACACAACUGAUACCAGCAUUGUCCAACGGCAAUCUCGUCAAUCCCGGUGUCAAUUUGCGCAAAAUUGAUAAGCUUAAAUUCUACGGUGGUCGAUCCAAGUCGGGUGUCUGCUUUCCUACCAUGGUCAAUUCUGGAUCUGCAAUACCUGAUAUGAUAAAGAUUGUCUCGUUACCGUCCGUAGCUGGGUUGAUCACUGUACACAACACUGGCAAGAUUCAGAGCAUUAACCCUGUACCCGCUAAAUACCUGUUUGGCUACUCACCUGAUGCUUUGGUGGAGAAGUUCAACAUUGACCAAAUUAUCCCACAAUUUUCCAGUGUCGUGGCUGGCUUGCGUCGUUGCAAUCUGCUGCAGUUCUCCAGCACUGUCAACAAUCAUGCCUGCCGAUGGGCUCUAUCAGACAUGCAUUCCGCAGAGAAAUACAAGGCAAUGGAAGUGUCUCAAUCACUCAAGUCGCUGGAAAGACAACCCUCUGUCAGUGCCAAUGGACAAAUGCUGCCUACCAUUUUUGCUGUGCACAGAGAUGGCAGCCAGUUCGAAAUUCAACUGCAAUUGAGAUUGAUCGAGAGCGAGCAAGAGAACCUGAUCAGUAUCUGGGUGACCUAUGAUCGCAUCUAUGCUCUGAAGCGAGCCAAGAGACUGCAAGCACAAAAGCUCCCGCCAACACACUCAUUACCGCCUAAAACCAGCACGCAAAACUCGACUACCACGACACAAGUUCCUACCAAGAAGCUAGUACAAACAGAUCAGCAACACAUUUCUCACCCUCAUCCUUUAAGUCCCACCACACCCUCCAUCACUCUCAACCAAGGCGACGAGAAGCCCAUUUCUCCCUUGGACACGAGCACCCAGCAGCAACCCGACAAGGCAACAGAGAUGCCUAUCAUCACUAAAAAGAGGCCGCCUAUUCGACCUUACGGCAUUUCCUCAUUUGGCUCUGUAGACCAAAAGAAGGCGCUGUUUCCUAGUGGUUUCCUUGAACGAGAGGACAGUGGCAGCAGCGAUGGCCAUGACACACCCUCGCCGCAACACUCACCACACCAGGAAAAGCAGGUGGCAUCAUUGGAAAUCGAACGGCCAGAAAAGAAGAAGCCACCCCACCCUAUGGAUGCUUAUGCCAUCAUUGGCACUUUAGGUGAAGGAGCAUAUGGCACGGCUAAACUUGCCUACCGCAAAGAUGACAUAACAAAGACCAAAGUAGUGAUCAAGUUUAUUGCAAAAUCGAGGAUCAUCAUUGAUUCAUGGAUCAGAGAUCGCAAACUGGGAUUGAUACCCCUGGAGAUCCACAUUUUGAAAAAGCUGAAAGAGUGUCCGCAAGCCAACUGCUGUGCGUUGGAGACGUAUAUGGAAGAUGAGGACAAUUACUUUGUGGUCAUGAAGCUGCAUGGACUCAACAGCAUGGAUCUCUUUGACUACAUUGAGCUCAACGAACACAUCAAGGAGGACGAGAUCAGAAAUAUCUUCAAGCAAGUUGCACUGGCAGUGAAGCAUAUCCAAGAACUGAGGAUUGUGCAUCGUGAUAUCAAGGAUGAAAAUAUUCUUCUGGACGAAGACGGCUGUGUUCAUUUGAUUGAUUUUGGAAGUGCCGCCUAUUUUAGAAAGGGUAGAACUUUUGAUACGUUUGGUGGCACGUUAGAUUACUGUGCCCCUGAGAUACUGAAAGGCAUGCCUUACGAGGGCCCCGCACAAGACAUCUGGAGUUUAGGCACUCUGCUGUAUACACUGAUUUACAGGGAGAAUCCGUUCUACAAUGUGGAUGAAAUAAUGGAACACGAUCUGAGAAUACCGUUUGUUCUAUCCGAAGAUUCCUUGGACUUGAUCAAAAAGAUGCUGAAUCGAGAUGUAGAGAAGCGACUAACGAUUGAUGAGGUGCUGGCACAUCCUUGGCUGAAGUCAUGUACUUAG